UUGGAGCCAAAGAAAUGAUUGCUAAGAAACUCAUUCUUAUCUGCUUUGCAGUGGCGAUGGUUCGCAGUGACACAACGGAAGAGUUCUCAAGCUCCGUGGGAACAACACCCACACCACCCAGCAGUAGGAAACCAAACUUAGAAAAACUAAAGAAUCACGAAGAAAAAUCAAAACAUUACUCAAUUUCUCCUCGAUUUUUGGACUCACUUUUCGGACUUGGGAUUGGUGCACAUCUGUUAGGAAUUCAUGCAGGUGCAGGUAUAGGUCAUGGAAAUGGAGGUUAUGGUGAUUUGGGUCAAGGAUUUGUUGGCAAUCCUGGGGGAGGUCAAAAUCCACAAUCUAUAUAUUUUCCACAAUUCCCACCACAAGUAUACUAUGUCCAAGCUCCUCCUCAAUAUCAAGUGCCGCAAAGUAUGCCCCAAGGAAUGCCCCAGAGAAUACCGCAAGGAAUGCCUCAAGGGAUGCCUCAAAGAAUUCCUCAAGGAAUGCCUCAAGGAAUGCCUCAGGGAAUUCCUCAAGGAAUGCCUCAAAGAAUACCGCAAGGAAUGCCCCAGGGAAUACCGCAAGGAAUGCCCCAGGGAAUACCGCAAGGAAUGCCCCAGGGAAGACCGCAAGGAAUGCCCCAGGGAAGACCGCAAGGAAUGCCCCAGGGAAGACCGCAAGGAAUGCCCCAGGGAAGACCGCAAGGAAUGCCUCAAAGAAUACCGAAAGGAAUUUCCCAGGGAAUACCGCAAGGAAUGCCCCAAGGAAUACCUCAAGGAAUGCAUUCUCAAAAAGAAAUCCGAAGAAAACCUUUAAGAAUACCUCAAGGAACGCAUCAAAGAAUACCGCAAGGAAUUCCUAAUUCACAGGGAAUACAUUCUCAAAGAAACCCCCAAAGAAAACCUGUAGGAAUGCCUCAAGGAAAACCUCAAGAAACACAUCAAGGAGUGCCAGCAACAAGACCACCAAAAUGCUACCACCCACCAUGCUAAUAAGUAAAUUUCUGCUGGAUUACGUAUUGAAUAGUGAUCUCUGAUAUUUUUCUUAGUUUGGCACUACGCAACGAUAUCAUUACAAAUAAAAUAUUUAAAAAGUA